GGAAUGAAGUGUUGUGUCACGUGCUAGGAACUGAAGUUUGUGUUUGGGUAGUGAUGGGAGUGUAACGGAUGACGGUUAAACAUAAGAUUGGCGCUUUAUAAGGAAGAAGAACCAUGACAUCAAGUAGUUCUGAUGAAGUUACUUAUUCAAACCAGAAUUCCGUGGCUCCUAAAUUAACAAAUCAUGGCAAUCCGAAACAAGCAGCGUUUGCUGUUGGUGGAAUAUUCAUUAUUUCAUGUUUUGCAUUAAUUUAUUUGUAUGCAAACUUCCCAGAACUUGAAGUGCACGAGAAACCUCAUAUUAAAUUACCAAGGGAUAUAGAAGAUGCAAAACAAUUAGGUCGGGUGCUAGAUAAAUACAAGGACCGAUACUUUAUUGAAGUGCUAGGUGCUGUUUUUGUGACUUACCUUUUCCUCCAAACAUUUGCAAUUCCAGGGUCAAUAUCUCUCUCAAUACUGUCUGGAUUUCUGUUUCCAUUUCCUGCAGCACUCCUACUGGUGUGCUUCUGCUCUGCUACUGGUGCUACUUUGUGCUACAUUUUAUCCCAUUUUUUGGGGCGUCCUUUAAUUCAUAAAUACAUGCCAGAACGAGCUGCAAAAUGGUCUUCUACGGUAAAUAAGCAUCGUGAAAAUUUGCUGAAUUACAUAUUAUUUCUGCGAAUAACGCCUUUUUUACCAAACUGGUUUAUCAACAUAGUUUCACCUGUGAUAGGGGUCCCCAUAGUUCCUUUCUGGCUGGGGACAUUUUUGGGUGUGGCACCACCUUCUUUUGUGGCUAUUCAGGCUGGCCAGACUUUAUACAAGUUAUCUGCCUCAAGUGAUGCCUGGUCAUGGACUUCAGUUAUCCUACUAGCAGCUUUUGCUGUUCUCUCACUGGUGCCUGUCAUCCUGAAGCAGCGAUUAAGAGAGAAGCUUGAAUAAUUAAAAUACAUUCCAAAUGGACACUUUAUGAUUUGUGCUAGGUUGUCUUGUGGACAACCUGUACUUGCUGAAACAUUUAAAGUGCACUGGUGCAGGAACUUCCGAAUUCGAUCUAUGCAUAUGUUUGUUUCCAAAUAUAAAUUAGUUUCAACAUUAUUUAUUUUUCUUGUGUGUUGUUGUUGUUAUUGUGUUUAAAAUGUGAUAUUAUUGUUAUGUUUUUAUUUGAAGAAUUUUAAGUGCCUUAAUAUUACAUAUGCAGUAAGAAAAGUCAACAUUUUUUACAUAUGAUGACACACUUCUAUACUGUAUUCUGGGUGAUACCAGCACUCUAUUUUUACAGAUGAUGGCAGUUAUAUGUCAUCUUAAUUUGCUUAUUCUACUAGCCGUUUCUCAACUUUUAGUUCUUGCUUACAGACAUUUACAAUUACAUACACAGCAGUGUUUUAGUAAGAUGCAGGUUACAUUUCUGUUGACAUAAUUCAGUUUGCAGUAGUCUGUUAGUUGCACACCUUUGUGUAAUCGUUUGAGAACACUUUGUCAGUUUUCACUGACUCAGUACCUGUAUUAUAUUGAAGACAGUAUUAUGAUGAAAUUCGUAUUUGAGUACAAAAAAAAGAGCACCUUUCAUUUGCUUUUCUUCUGUUACAUCAGAAUUUUGUAUUGAUAACUUGAAAUACUGUUAUCAGUGAUCUCCAUGAAAAGGCCUUACUUUUAUGACACAAUAAAAAAUAUUAAUGAGUGUGACUAA